UUAACUUGGAAAUAAUUUUAAUGGAAAAUAUUAAUUCUUUAUUUCUAUUUGAUUUUAUUAAUUAAAAUAUAGAUCGUAAUAGAUAUUUGAAAAUUUUAUUGUUUAGUUAAUUUUAUCCAAUAUUGAAAUAAUAAGACUAUAUUUAAAAAAAAGAGAAAACAUUUUAGAGGGAAAAUUUUAUACAAAUGAAAUGCAUAAUUUUAAAAUCAGUAACGUAGCUGAAUUUUCUUUUAAGACAAUGUCAUAUUUCGGUGUUUGGAGGCCAACAUUUUUAACAUCACUUUGGGCAAUUCGACUUUACACUCUUUACAGUAUUAGCAUAUUCUUAAAUAAGAUUUUUUUUGUCAUAAGUUUGUUAAUUUAUCUUUAUCAAAAUAAACACAAGCCAGCAAUUCUUGCAGAAAAUUUAUAUUUGUUCACAACACUGUUUCUAUUAACUUUUAAACUAGCUUAUUUCAAUGUUCACCGACAAGAUGUCUAUAAUUUAUUAAACUUGUUUUUGCAAAAACAUUGUCUUCCUUGUGAUAGUGAAGAAAUUCGUAUUUAUAAAAAGUUUCAGUAUAAAGAAAGACUCAUUACACGUAUCUUCGUGGGGUCUACUUUCUUUGCAGUUACAAUGUAUUUAUUUUGGCCACUAACAAAUGGAAAAGAUGUUUCCUUACCAUUCAAGAGAUGGCUUCCAUAUUCCAUUAAUUCGAAGAAAAUAUUUUGGAUGUCCUUUGCAAUUGACUCCUUAUCAUGUUAUAUUAAUUUGUUUACAUACUCAUCAAUGGAAUCGAUAACAGCAAUUUUUAUGCAGCAAAUUUGCACUCAAAUUGAUCUUUUCAUAAAACGCCUGUCACAAAUUACAAAUAUAAGAAACAAUAUAAGUGAAAACAAAAACAUUUAUCAACAAGAAUGUAAACUAUUAAGAGAAUGUGUUGAUCAUCACGUUUGUAUUUUUUCAAUGGAAAAAAAAUUAAAUGAAAUUUUUGGUGUUUUGAUCUUUUCUCAAUUUUUUGUAUCAAUUUUAAAUUUAUGUACUUCUUGUUUUUAUUUAACAAAAUUGCAACCAAGUGAAAGAGAAUUUUUGUUGUCAUUAACAAUGUUGUGUUUUUAUAUCUUUCAAAUUUUUAUCUAUUGUCUAUUUGGAGAGGAAAUGACAAGAAAGAGUUUAUCUAUUACUAAUGAAAUAUAUCAAAUGGAUUGGAAUUCAUUAUCUGUACAAACUAAACAAAAAUUAAUAAUAAUAAUGAUGAGAGCUAGUCGUCCGAUUCAACUAAAUGGCGUUGUGGUUGUUGUUUUAUCUAUUGAAACAUUCUGUAAAAUUAUUAAAGCAUCUUAUUCAACUUUAAAUUUAUUAAGAAGUUCGAAUUGAACAAUAUUAAUUUUGUUUUCAUAAAAUGAAGAUAUGUAUAAAAGGACAACUAAAAUUAUUUUUGCAUUGUUGACUUUGUCUAUUACUAAUAAAAUAUAUCAAAAAAAUUGGCGUUUCAAUUAUUGUUCAUCUAUUACUUAUAAUAAAUAGGCAACAAAUAAAUGCCCUA